CAAUCAACUACUAUGGCUUCAACAGGUGGCAUUUUAUGCAAGGUAUCCAAUGAAGUACUUUAUUGGUAUCACUUUAAGGGAACUGGUUUUGGUACUGGUAUCGUUAAAUUUUAAACAAUACCCAACCCUAAUCAUAACUAAUAUUUCUUUCAGGUAAGUUUUUGUAUCAAAAUAAAUGAGUGGAAACACUCACACAAAUUAAUUUACAAAAAGCAGCAUGAUUGUAAGUAUUUUGGGAUAAACAUGUAAAACCACCGCAUAUUGUCUUUUCUGUAUGCAAGUGAAUCAAGUCUGCUUCAAAAUGUUAAAAUUAAUCUCUAAAAUUUAGAGGAUAUAGAUACAAAAUCCUAAGCUUGCAGAUCCUCGUGGCCCCCAAAUGUCCUUCAUUCACUACGUGUUAGCAAGUAGUAGCUAAUCAGCUCAAUUGCAAAUUGGUUUGCAAGAAAAUUUGCACCACUGCAGCACAAGCUUUUGUCUCUAUCUUGUUGAAGUGACCAUGCAUCCAUCCAUCCAUCGUCAACCACUUAUCCUGUAUACAGGGUCGCGGGGGGCUGGAGCCAAUCCCAGCUGACCUCGGGCGAAAGGCGGGGUACACCCUGGACAGGUCGCCAGUCCAUCGCAGGGCCAAACAUACACAAACCACCAGUCACCUAAGGACAAUUUAGGGUCACCAAUCAACCUAGUCCACAUGUCUUCGGACGGUGGGAGGAAGCCGGAGCACCCAGAGAGAACCCACGCAGACGCGGGGAGAACAUGCAAACUCUACACAGAAAGGCCGAGAUGACCGGGGUUCGAGCCCGCAACCUUCUUGCUGUGAGGCGACAGUGCUUACCACUGCCCCACUGCCCAUCCUAAGGUAGCCUAUAUAUGAUCAUUUAAAAAGUAAAUUUGUAGUUUUAUGGUAAUGCAUUACCAAAAAACAUAGUCAUAGUCAUUAGAUGAAUGUAGUUCUUCUCUUCUUGUGUUUUGAUUGAGGCCUUUCAGAUCAUCACCCAGAGUACGGUCUACACGUAGGCCUAUGUCACACACACACACACUUCACGUUUACCUCCAGCUGUCCUCUGGCAUAUUGAUGGAGUGCAGCUCAACAGAGAGCAUGGUCACAAGGCUGAGCGAGUGAGUGCGCUUGCCAGUUUUCCUCUUCUUCAGCCUUGACAGAGCUGAGAGAGACUGAUUAUGUGUGUUUGACUGAAUGAGAACUUAUUCCUGAGGUGUGUGUUUUUUGUGGGAUUUUAUGUGUGUAUUUAGUGAGAGUAUGUAUGUAUGAUGUAUCUUCUUCCUUUGUAAUGCUAAAAGUAAUUUUAGGUUGUUAAUUAGAAGGAAUGAUCUUAAAAAUAAGACUUUUUAAUGUGUGCAUGGAAACACGAUGAAGGACAGUAAGUCAAUAUCUCUUUGUGUGUAUGUUAAAAGACUUGAUCCCAUUUACUUGUUGUUUAUCAAUACAGAACUUUUGUAUCUUUUUAAAACAAUAUUUAACUGUUAUGACACUGUCACUUGUCUUCACAUAUUUCAUAAGAAACAACAGGAUAAUUUCAAGUAUACAGUAUUUAAAAAUAUAUAUAUUUUCAAUUAUACUUGACAUUUUAUGUGUUUAAAUUUUGGGACUAAAACGACGUGUUCAUUAGGACCCUGAAUGAAAACCGUUAUUUUUUCCAGUUUAAUUAAAAUUUUCACAACAAAUAGAGGAACGCCUGGGUGAAGCUCCUGCCGCAACUCAGAAAGAAAAGUAGGCUUUAAACAGGUGGUUUGACAGGUUGAGACACCCUCACACUGCUGUCAUCUGCUCCAGCCUUGGAACAAAAAGGCCAUGGAAGACAUGUCUGUGCCAAAACUUUCCUUAAUAAAUCAUUAUUUUAGUCUUUCCAAGUUCAAGUACUGUUCUCUACCAUAGACCUGAAACCCGUGCUUUGUGGCAUGUGGUUGUGUUUUAAGAACUACAUACAGAACUCCAAUACAGAACUUUAAUAUGGCAUACUCCCUUUUAAUCCCCCCAAAAAGUGAUAAUUGAAAAGUGAUUUUUUUUUACAUUUACAAUUAUACAAAGUACAAUGUAUGUCAAAUCUGUUCUCUGAAUUUGAACCCACACUAAUUAUGAGCAGUGAGCAGCCACUGCAGCGCCCAGGGACCAGCGUCAAAUCUAAGCCAGAGCACUGACUGGAGAAAUGAACCCAAACAUACAUGUUUUAAUUGAGAGCCAUUUAAAUAAAUAUCUAUUCAAAGAUGUUAUGUUCAAAUAGCACAAAAGUGAAUCCCCUGAUGGUCAUGUUGGCUUUAUUCAAAGGAAUCAUUUCAGAUUUUAAUGUAUUUAGGUCAUCAUGCUAAUGUAUUAUGAUGAUAUGUAUAUUUAGUAUUUUUGAAAUUAAAUUUAUAUCUAUCUUACUGUUUGAGCUGAGGUCAUGCCUCUCGUGAGUUAAUGCAUGAGAACAUGUGUGCGAUUGUGUGUGUGUGUUCAUGUGUUGGUGUCAGCGACCGCCUGUCACGUGUUGGAAGCUGAUCCGCCUGAGAAUCCUUUAAGUGGCUCUGGUUCAACCACACAACCCGACAGUACACAGUGGAUUUGACAAAGUGUACAAUACUUAUCAAAAGUCAGCUUGAGUAUAAUAGUAAUUUAUAGCAGUUAUGUUUAGUUACUGUGCAUGAUGUAAUGAGUAGGACCAUAUAUUAACAUAUUUAACAAAUUUCAUAUGUAGACUCUCCCUCUGUUUCUCCCAUCUUCCUGUAUCUGAUCUGAACCUGCUUGUAGAAAAGGACUGCUGACACAGGACCAACUCAACCUCCCUACCUUCAGUUGUAAACGCCUGCACCUUGGAAGAGUAAACUGAUCCCAGAUCUGUUACAUGAACAUGAGUUUGAAGAGGUGUGGCUUUUGUUGGUGAUCUUGUUAAAGGAUUAAAGCCUCAUCACCUGUUAGAAAUUGAAGUGCUCUGUGCAGCAGGGUGGAAACCAAACACAAAGAGGGUAAGUGUGUGCUCACGAGACGUGCAGGCUAUGUGAUGUCAAUGCCAAAUAGGGCAUUAGAGUAGGCCGUAGAGAAAAAAAUCACCAUGGGGUCAUUGAAGGAAAACAUUAAAACAUAGAAAAUGACAAAAGGAAAUCAGGAGAAGUGCUCGAGCACAUUCUGAGAAAAGACACGGGUAACACUUUACUUUAAAGCCCCCGUAAUUAGCAGUUAUCAGUAGUAUACAGUAUAAAGAUCUAAUGAAAGGUUUAAAACACACUAUAAUGUAGUUGUGAGUAGAUAUAAGUAUUUAUUAAUGUAUUGUCUAUAACACCUCCUGGAGGCAGCCCCGUGUAGAGGCCUGAAUAUAAACAGAUCAUGAAUGACAAAAUAGUCAAAUUAAGAAGCGGUUAUAAAUGUUAACUAAUACUAUACAGUGUUAAACACUUCAAAUAUCCAUAUAUCUGCUCACAACAACAAUUAAUAAAUGUUUCUUUAGUACUUAUAAAUGCUUAAUAGGGGGACUUAAAGUAAAGUUCUCACACAUACAUCAUCUGCAAACUGUAGUUAUGUGUUAACAAUAAAUGAAAAUAAGGAAAUCAAUGGAUUAGUAGAAUAAAAUUGCAUGAAAAAGCAUUUUAGUUUAGAAGUUUUUAAAAAAUGAAUUAAUAAAGGAGGAUAAAUAAGAGGAAAAAAGAUUCCUCCCAUGGUCUCCCAAACUAAAGAAAUUAGCAGUAUUGUAUAUUUACUUGAUGCAAAUGAUACUGAAUUUGCUUAACAUGCAGCAGAAAGUUUUCUUACCUCUUAUGUCUUUUUCAAGUUUUCAUUGUAAGAUAAUACGUUUUCUUGUUAAACACAACGCCUUCAGUAGUUGUACUGCAACAUCAGGUGAUCUCAUAUCUUUUCUUUGUGCUGCAUCCCUCAUCCUUUAUCACUUGAAGAGAUUGUUGUGUACACUUCUAGCAUUUGUUUCAUCAACAGAAUAUGAAAUAACAUGCUCUGCAUCUUUAACCAAACCUCAGCAUUGACAUUUUUUACUUUGUUGGAGAAAUUAAUUGGGGUGGCUUCACUCUGUCACUUCCUCUUUAACAGUUUGGGCAGCUUUUUGGUCCAUCUAUCAAUACUUUUCUCUUAUCUCCCUAUGACUCAGACUCUGCUGUUGUAGACCACAGUCUCUCCAUCCAGGUGUCUCUUUGUUUUAUUUCCCCUUCCAAAUCUGCGCACAUCUCUGAAUAUCUAGUGAGCCAAUCAUGUUCUUAUAAGAAAGUGAAAAGGUGUUGGAAGUUAAAUCUGAGUUGCAUGACACUGAUGUGAGGCCCGUGAAUGCAUGCAUGUGUCACUCAACAUGACAUCAGCUAGUGCCAGCUCUAAAUCUUCAUCACAAACACGUGAGUCAUCGUGUGCUAAUGAGAUUCCCCUCAUUAAGUCCUUUAAGUGGUAAUCUUUAUAGGAGACUUGAGAGGUGCAAAGAGGGAAGCAGAAGAAGCAAAGGCUGAAACCUGGCCCAGCAAACUUAAAUUUUCUCCUUCUUGUGGAGCGUCUUCUGUUGUUUCUUUUUGUUUUCUAAAACGAUUGUCUGGUUACAAUGGAGGCAAUCUGGCCAGAGCUUUAUCAGGAUUUUAUGCUGUGAGCUUUUGGCCAACUGUAGCUGCUUGCAUAGGUAAGAAAACUGUGGACUGGAAAACAUCCUGAACCAAGUUAAUGUUGCGUGUAGAUAAAUAGUGACAAAUGGUCUGAAAAAUAACCUGUUCAGUAUGGUUGAGUAUGACAUUUUAUUUUUGUCUAUUUUUGUUCUUGUGUGCUUUCCCUUUUAUUACUUCCCUUCCCUGUACAUGACCCUUCAUCUGUGUGUGUAAUCUUUGUAAGCAGGUGUCUGAGAGCGAGAGUGUCAUUAAGUCUGUGUGUCUGAGCCUUGUCUACUGUCCUUGUCCUUGGCGUGUCUGAACCGGAGUUAAUGUCAGACUGUGUGUCCUCGUGUCAGAGCAACACAACAUGAGUGAAGGGGAAAACCAUUCUGUACUCACACAUCAUAUAUCAAAGAAGUAAGGGUUUUGGUUGUUACCUCCCAUCCUGAGCACUCCGGUGCAUCAUGGAGGCUGUGGUGAGAGUAAAGAAAUCGCUGAGGACACCCAUUAGGAAGCUGACCGGCUGUGUGUCGGGGGUGAAGGAGAGGAAGUUGUGUGCCAGACGCAGGAACAGGAGGGGCAGAGGUGGGAGAGGAAGCGGAGGAUGCAACAGGUUGGGGAGGACCCCUCCUCUCCGAGCUGCACACCCCAAAGAUCCGUCAAUCAUCCGAUCAUACCAGGCAGACCUGGAGAAGGAGAGGAAGCUGCGGGAAGAAAUGAACGCUCAGAAGAAUGCAGAGAGAGCUGCUAUGAGAGCUCACUUCAGGAGAAAAUAUCAGCUGUCUGAGAACUCCAAGGACACAAACCACCUGAGGUCUGUUGGGGGGAAAGUGUCGCUCCCCCACAAGCUGUUGAAGAUCGUUCAUCCUGAAACCAAAACCAAGGACAAUGGCUUCAACCUGCUGAGUGCCUUUCAAGGCCUCAGUUUUGGCACAGCAGCACUCACAGGGGGGAAACACAGCAAGACGUCCACUCUUGCACAAGAAAGUUGGGCCUCUUGUAAAGUCAUGUGAUCAGGGGAGAGCGGGGUGAGUUGAGCCAGUUUUUACUUGAGGUGUCUUUAAAGUGAACACAUGGCAGUAAUGUCUCCAACUAAAAUAUGUAAUAUAUAUCAGGAUGUGGUGCAUCCCUGGGAAUAAUCACUAUGUAACUAAAAUACACUGUUUUCAAAAUAUGACUUUCCAAAAGAAAGUGCCCCUCUUGGCUCAACUUGACCCCAGUGAGGGGUAAGUAGAGCCUAGGGAGAGGAUAAGGUAUGCCACAUGGGGGUCAGGGACAUCAGUGUAAUUUUGAUGUGCCCAACUCAAAUGCCAGUUCAUGUAUUGACUUCCCAUUAUGUAUAUAUAUAAAUGCAUGGAGUGAUGGUUUCAUUUUGGUGAUAAAAUAUAAUAAUGCAAUGUAGAAUUACACAAUAAUCAUGACUCCUUGAACAUAAAAAUCUAUCACUUAUUUCAUGGGCCUCUCUCCAUCACAGAGUGAGUAAAAUGGAUGACUUUUCAAAAAUGUGUCGUCACAUGACCAAUUUUAGUUAUGGGUACUGAGAAACAGGGGGUGGCUCAACUUCCCCACAGGCUCAAAUCAUCCGUCUCUCCUCUAUGUCAUCACAGGGACCAUCAGUACUGUAUACCGCCUUCUGAUUGUGCUAGUUGUUAAAAGAAAAGCAGGGCAAAUACCCUCAUACAUAACUACUGCUUAAAAUCUUACAUCAGACUCAGUCCAAUCAUCUCUGUCACACACAAUGAAACCAUGUUAUUGACACUGUCUUUUUGUACUUAUUUUUUCUUCUUCUUUGUAGCAAUAGCAGUGUUUAACUGUCAGAUAAUUUAAUAUCUCAUAUAAACAAUGAACCAAAUAUUAAUUGAAGUGGGUUGAGAAUGUGAUCAAACCUGUAAAUGUAAUGAAUUAAAUGUAUACAUACACCAGUCAGUGAAAGCUAACUCACAAGUGAUGUUAUAUUUUGUUUUAACCGAUACAAUAAUGAUAUUGAUUAAUAAAACAAUGACUCAAGUUAACAUUGCUGAGGUGUUGGGGGUCAAUAAAAUCAUUACAUGAUCAGUUAAAUAAUCAGUAAUACUCUUUUGUUAAUGAGAUUCAUAAUUAGGUUUUCACAUUUUCUGUCAACUGUUGAUCACAUUUGCUCCCCAUUUAGAUCCUCAUUUAGUUAUAUUCUAAUUACUCAUUAGUUUAUAAUAUACAUAAUAAAAUAUAGAAGCUACAGUAGCUAAUUUCUUCUUACAAGGCUAUCUCAUCUCUCUAAAUUUAGAGAGAUGUGACAUUUAGAGUCGAAAUGAUAUAGAUCCAGUUGGGCGAUCUAUAUACACAAGUAAGGAACCUCAGGGCGACAUGUUGACGUUUUGUCACACAUUCACAGAAGUAAUGAAAUAACAUCCAGUGUACUCAUUUUGUAUAUUUGAUUAACUGAGAAAAUGUUUUUUUGUUGUUAUUUGUGUGUACAUGAGCCAAAUUGUAUCUGUAAUGUAUAUGAGCCAAGUUUUAAGCCAUUAGUUUCUUGAUUGUCAUUGAGUUGAUAAUGGUGAGAAAAUAGUCUUAAGGUGCCUAAUCAAAGGUUUUUAUACAAGAGGAAGCAGAAACCCUACAAAAUAAUAUAGAGUAGUCGACAGUCAUGGUCUUUUUUUGUUUUGUUGGAUAGCUGUGUCAAAAACCUAUAAUAAAGACAUGUUUGACCA